AUGAGUUCUCCUACAAGUCUCAUCUUUGAUGCACUGCAUCUUCCCCGAGGGAGCACUCACCUUCGGUCUUCGAACGUCUUCCCUGCUCCGUCUGCGGCAUCGUCUGCGGCAUCAUUUCGUAACAUAGACCGUACGACAGCCCGCGCUGUUGGUAAUGUCCUUGCGUGGCGGAAGUCGGCGUUGGGGCGUAACCUUCUAUCAUCGUACGCUACGUUAAAUGCUAAUCAAGUUGCCGUAUUCGCUAUGCCUGUCAAAAUAAGCUUACAGGAUCUAACACUUACUUACCUCUUGCUUACCCCCUGCUAA